AUGCUGAUACGAAUGGCUUGUCAGAGGUGCCGCAAGAAACGAGCAAAGUGUGAUGAUGGCCAGGCACCGUGCAAAAGAUGCGACGAGGCCGGAGAAGGACGCGUAUACGACCACCCGCGACGCAAGUCCAAAGACGAUCUACGGGCCGAGAUCGAUAGUCUACGGCGGUACAACGAGGAGCAUGACCGACUACUCCGCGCAAUAUGUUCAAUCAACGACGUCGAAGUCAGCAAUGCCUUUAUACAAGACUUGGUCGAGGGGACCAAGUCUCACCAAGCCAUUCUGCAGGAGCUGGCGCACCUGAACGGUGAAAACGGGCGUGGCUCGUCAGAUGGAGGCGACUUCGACACCGGCCCUGGCGGCUCCUGUUCCCCGUCAUUGCCCUUUGACGAUGCAUCACACGCGCAAACCGACAGGUGGACGUGCGCCAGGUGUACGGUGGCUUCGGUUCGGCAGAUCCUCGACGCCCUCCUCACCUGGGACUACCUCCCCUUCUGCCUCAUGUGCAAGGACCCCUUCUUCCGAGACUAUUGCAGCGGCUCGAGCCGGUACUGCUCCUCUGCCCUGGUAAACGCGCUCAUCGCGCUGGCAACCCGGGUGGUCCACGAGAUCAGCGACGAAGCGGAGAGCCCGGGGCCUGGCUUCAAAACCGGCCGCUCGGCCAACCUCCCAGAUAUACAGGCCAUCGGGAUUCUCUCGCUCUACCAGAUUACCUGCGGGCGCGAGGCCGAAGCUCAAGCGCUUGCCGACUCCUUUGCCGCUAGGAUAGUCAAUCUUUGUCCUCAAGAGCCCCUGAUGGGCUCCGAGGCCGAGAAAUAUGCCAAAGUUUGGGCUACUUCCAUACUUCGUCUCACGACGGGCCAAGUCUUCACCAUGUCUACGAGUUGCAAGCUACAAGACGACUCAAUAUUUCUAGACCAAUCCGCCUGCAGUGCCGAGUACCUGUUUGGCGGCCAGUGCGGCAGCGGAACUACACCAGACCCUGCCCUGAAAGCACGCGGCUCGCAACUGCGCAAUCUACAGCUCAUUCCAGCAAGAGUCUUCCAGCUCACGGAAUGGGUGUACAAGCUCCUCUCAUCAGCAACCCAUACCCCAAACGGACGAUUCGACACAGCCGAGGUCAUGGCAGUGUAUACCGAGUGUCUCGAUUGGUACGAAGGAUUCUUCUCCCUACCCAAAACCGGCGGCAGUGACACCCCCUUUGUACUCUUUAUCCACAUGUACUAUCAGUUCUGCCUACUAUGCCUGUUCCGCCCUCUCGCCAACCUUGUCCUGGCUGAUUCCGACGUCCGACCCCGCGAAAUCUGUCUCCAGGCUGCGGACUCUAUCCUCACCCUGUCGCAGCCCUACAGCAGGCUCUUCACCCUUAGACGCGUCUCCCCAUUCGUCCCCUAUUUUUUGUCCUUGGCGACCAUCUCGGAUGUUUCAAGCGUGGACGGGUUUAGCACCUAUCAAGACGUGUCCCCCUCCCCGACUGCCGCCAAAGUGCCCAUAAUGGCCCACGCGAGCCAAUUGCUGGCAGAGAUGAGCUCCAACCGUCGAAUGGCCUCAUCCAUAGAGAAGAUGCUUCGAGGAUAUCUUACCGAGUUAUGGUGA